GCUAUGCACCUACGAGCCAAGAAUCCCCUAAAUUCCAAUCCAGAAAGAGAGACAGAGAGAGGUGCCCAAAUUAACCCAGCAUCAUGCCUUUCAGUUCAGCCAAGAUCUUCUCCUUGUCAAAUUGUUCGUUUAAACCCUUACAUUUUCACUCAUUUCCAAACACCAGCCACCAAAUUAGAUGUUUUUCCGCCUAUCCCACAUUCGAUUUCAGCCGCAUACGUGAUCCCGAUGAUGCCAUUGAUCAAUUCCGGGACAUGUUGAGAAUGAAUCCGCCCCCUUCUGUUAUUGAUUUCACCAAGUUUUUGAGUGCAGUCGUCAAGACGCAGCAAUACGCACUUGCCCUUCACCUGUUCGACACAAUGCUUCAAAGGGGUUCUCCCGUAAAUCACUUCACCUUGAGUAUUGCGAUUGACUGCUUCUGUCAACUUAAAAGACCUGGGUUUGCUAUUUUAGGCAGUUUCUUCAAGCGUGGGUACGAGCCUAAUGUGGUCACUUUUACCACUCUCCUCAAAGGUCUUGUAUUGGUCGGAAGGAUCCCAGAGGCUGCAAAGUUAUUGCUCAAGUUGUCUGCAGAGCAGCUGUGCAAUCCCAAUGAACGUACAUAUAAUACGAUGAUUAAUGGGUUAUGCAAAGCUGGAGCUACUCACAAGGCGCUUGAACUGCUUAGUAGAAUGGGAAAGGGAAAUGGAAGCUGCAAACCGGAUGUGUAUGCUUACAACAUAGUCAUUGAUGGUCUGUGCAAAGAUGGAAAAGUCGACGAGGCUCUCCAACUAUUCUCCACCUUGGGAGAUAAGGGGAUUUCACCUAAUGUUGUGACAUAUAGUUCGAUAAUCAAGGGGUUAUGCGAUAAUAGUAGAAGGAAUGAGGCUGAAGACAUUUUAAGGAAGAUGAUAUCGUAUAAGGUCCGCCCGGAUGUAGUUACUUGUAGUAUUUAUAUAGAUGCUCUUUGCCGAGAGGGAAGGAUGGAAGAGGCCGGGCAUAUGUUGGUCACUAUGCUUCAAAUUGAUGUUCAACCCGACAUUUUCACAUACAAUAUUUUGAUGUAUGGAUAUUGUUUGCUGGGAGAGAUGGAGAAAGCUAGAAACAUUUUGCAAUUAGCAAUGAAAUCUGGCAUCAAGCCUGAUCUUAGAAGCUACACUAUUAUGAUGAAUGGGUACUCUAAAAUGGGACAAGUAGAUGAAGUUUGUCAUUUUUUUACCUCUGCUAAAGGGUUAGAGCACAACGUGGUUUCUUAUAACACAAUGCUUGAGGCCUUGUUUUGUGAAGGCCGAUGUGAAGAUGGCUUGAAGUUAUUCAGUGAGAUGGAGGCGGGCGCUCUACCUGUGUGUCCUAAUAGAGUGACAUACAAUAUCUUGCUACAUGGUUUGUGCAAUGCUCGCCGUAUUGAUGAAGCGUUUUCCAUGUUGCGUACCAUGGAAAACAAAGGCAUCAUUCCAGAUAUAGUAACUUACAAUAUCCUCAUUGAAGGAUUGUGGAAAGAUGAUAAACUCAAACGAGCAAAGGAUGUGUUUGACGAUCUUCCUUCCAAAAAUUUGGAGCCUGAUGUUGUAACACAUACAAUUCUUAUCCGUGCAUUUUUCCAAAAAGGGCAGAUAGGAGAAGCUAAGGGUUUGAUGACGCAAAUGGCGAACAAAGGUUGCUUGCCUGAUGUUGUAACAUAUACUGUCCUUAUUGCUGCACUUUGCGAAAGAGGACGGAUGGGAGAGGCUAAGGAUAUGAUGACACAAAUGGUGAACCAAGGUUGCUUGCCCAAUAGUUUGACGUACAAUGUUUUUGUUCAAGGCCUUCUCAAACAGAACAAGAUGGACGAUGUGAUUAUUGUAUUGAAAGAGAUGAAUGCAAGAGGUGGAUGCACACUUAGCGUCGCCACUAUUUCGGAGUUGAGUGAACCUCUACGAAGGGAAGGUAAAGAUAGUGUGCUAUUUGAUAUGGUUAUAAAACUUUUACCAAAGAAGGUGUAGGCUAAUCUGGUUGGAUGAUUUAAAAGAUAGUGCUGUGGAGUCUACAAGUUCUUAUUUGUUUGUUAAUCUCCUAUGUUUAUAUGAUUUUAAAUGCCUGAAUUGUAUUGUAUUUUGAUUGUUGGA